GGGGGAGAAGUUGUGAUGGCGCCAGACCCUCAACCACGUUGCUGUCUCCUGCUCAAAGCAGAAUUGUGUCUUUCUGACCACCCUCUUCCUCUCUUUCUAGACGACUUGCUUUUGGAGGGCUUCAGCAACUACACCUUCCUCUCCAAUGGCUACGUGCCCAUCCCGGCUGCCCAGGACGACGAGAUGUUCCAGGAGACCCUGGAGGCCAUGGGGAUCAUGGGCUUCAAUGAAGAGGAACAGCUGGCUAUACUGAAGGUGGUGUCGUCCGUCCUGCAGCUUGGAAACAUUGUCUUCAAGAAGGAAAGAAACACAGACCAGGCGUCCAUGCCAGAUAACACAGCCGCUCAGAAAGUCUGCCACCUUGCGGGAAUUAAUGUGACGGAUUUCACCAGAGCCAUUCUAACCCCACGUAUCAAAGUCGGGCGGGAUGUGGUACAGAAAGCUCAGACAAAGGAACAGGCCGACUUCGCCAUAGAGGCUCUGGCCAAGGCCACUUACGAGCGCCUUUUCCGAUGGAUUCUUGGCCGUGUGAACAAAGCCCUGGAUAAGACCCACCGGCAAGGAGCUUCAUUCCUGGGGAUCCUGGACAUUGCUGGAUUUGAGAUCUUUGAGGUGAACUCCUUCGAGCAGCUGUGCAUCAACUACACCAACGAGAAGCUGCAGCAGCUCUUCAACCACACCAUGUUCAUCCUGGAGCAGGAGGAGUACCAGCGCGAGGGCAUUGAGUGGAACUUCAUUGACUUCGGGCUGGACCUGCAGCCCUGCAUCGAGCUGAUCGAGCGGCCGAACAACCCCCCAGGUGUGCUGGCCCUGCUGGACGAGGAGUGCUGGUUCCCCAAAGCCACGGACAAGUCUUUCGUGGAGAAGCUGUGCUCGGAGCAAGGCAACCACCCCAAAUUUCAGAAGCCCAAGCAGCUCAAGGACAAAACCGAGUUCUCUAUUAUCCACUAUGCCGGGAAGGUGGACUACAACGCCAGUGCCUGGCUGACCAAGAACAUGGACCCGCUGAACGACAACGUGACGUCCCUCCUCAACGCCUCCUCGGAUAAGUUUGUGGCUGACCUGUGGAAGGACGUGGACCGCAUCGUGGGGCUGGACCAGAUGGCCAAGAUGACAGAGAGCUCGCUGCCCAGCGCCUCCAAGACCAAGAAGGGCAUGUUCCGCACGGUGGGCCAGCUGUACAAGGAGCAGCUGGGGAAGCUGAUGACCACGCUGCGCAACACCACGCCCAACUUCGUGCGCUGCAUCAUCCCCAACCACGAGAAGAGGUCCGGCAAGCUCGAUGCCUUCCUGGUGCUGGAGCAGCUGCGGUGCAACGGGGUGUUAGAAGGCAUCCGCAUCUGCCGUCAGGGCUUCCCCAACAGGAUCGUCUUCCAGGAGUUCCGCCAACGCUAUGAGAUCCUGGCCGCGAAUGCCAUCCCCAAAGGCUUCAUGGAUGGGAAGCAAGCCUGCAUUCUCAUGAUCAAAGCCCUCGAGCUUGACCCCAACUUGUACAGGAUUGGGCAGAGCAAAAUCUUCUUCCGAACCGGGGUCCUGGCCCACCUGGAAGAGGAGCGAGACUUGAAAAUCACUGAUGUCAUCAUGGCUUUCCAGGCCAUGUGUCGUGGCUACCUGGCCAGAAAGGCCUUUGCCAAGAGGCAGCAGCAGCUGACAGCCAUGAAGGUGAUCCAGAGAAACUGCGCCGCUUACCUGAAGCUGCGCAACUGGCAGUGGUGGCGGCUGUUCACCAAGGUGAAGCCCCUGCUGCAGGUGACACGGCAGGAGGAGGAGAUGCAAGCCAAGGAGGAUGAGCUGCAGAAGAUCAAGGAGAGGCAGCAGAAGGCAGAAACGGAGCUCAAGGAGCUAGAACAGAAGCACACGCAGCUGUCUGAGGAGAAGAACCAGCUGCAGGAGCAGCUGCAGGCGGAGACAGAGCUGUACGCAGAGGCUGAGGAGAUGAGGGUCCGGCUGGCAGCCAAGAAGCAGGAGCUGGAGGAGAUCCUGCAUGAGAUGGAGGCCCGCCUGGAGGAGGAAGAAGAUCGGGGCCAGCAACUGCAGGCUGAAAGGAAGAAGAUGGCCCAGCAGAUGUUGGACCUGGAAGAACAGCUGGAGGAGGAGGAGGCUGCAAGGCAGAAGCUACAACUUGAGAAGGUCACAGCAGAGGCCAAGAUCAAGAAACUGGAGGAUGAGAUGCUGGUUAUGGACGAUCAGAACAAUAAGCUGUCAAAAGAACGAAAACUCCUUGAAGAGAGGAUUAGUGACUUAACGACGAAUCUUGCAGAAGAAGAAGAAACCAAGAAUCUUACCAAGCUGAAGAACAAGCACGAGUCCAUGAUCUCAGAACUGGAAGUGCGGCUGAAGAAAGAGGAGAAGAGCCGGCAGGAGCUGGAAAAGCUGAAGCGGAAGCUGGAGGGAGAGGCCAGUGACUACCACGAGCAGAUUGCUGACCUGCAGGCGCAGAUCGCCGAGCUCAAGAUGCAGCUGGCCAAGAAGGAGGAGGAGCUGCAGGCGGCCCUGGCCAGGUAG